AUGACCGAGAAAGCUAGACAGAAAACCAGAUCUGACGAGAUCGAACAGGUAGAUGACAAAAAUAUUUGGGCCUUCUUUUGCGUCUGGGUUCCCGACAAAGUGGCAACGAAGGGAGAGAAAUCCCGUAGAGAUGUAGAAGCGGGGCCGCACCGCCCUGCUACGGAUGAUGGUGAUGAUAGCCUCUGCUUCUCGGAUGCAGAGGACCAGCCUUGGCAUUCGCCGUGUAAUUCAAACCGUGUUGGUUCAGCCUACGACGACCACCGCUUCUCGGGUUCUUGCGAUCACGAGAGAGAUGGUGUUCCAGAGUCGUGCAGGAAAUCCUGCACCUCAGACCGUUCAGUGGAGACUAAUUUGGAGAGUGGAAUUCCAGAGAUUAAGGCGAACAAGGAUGGAGUCGAGGACUGCAGGAUUUGUCAUCUCAGCUUGGAGGGCGCUGCUCCUGAGUCAGGCAUCCCGAUUGUACGGGGUUGUUCUUGCAAGGGUGAUUUGGGUGCUGCCCACAAGCAAUGUGCCGAGACAUGGUUUCAAAUCAAAGGCAACAAGUGAAAUUAACGUUCCACUGUA